CACGCGCGCGCGACAGUGAUGGAGAUGCCGUCUCCUGCUCCUGCUGCUGCUGUCUCUGAUGCUGGGGGUGGUGCCGAUGACCCCGCGUGGCCGAGCCGAGCGGCGUGCCUGUCGCUCGCCCUCUGCGCCUUCCAGGCGCGCGCGGCCCUCGCUCUGUCGCGGGUGGUGGGAGGCCGCCUGCAGCUGCCGCCCGCAGAGCGAUGGGUCGUGGCCUGGCUGCUCUAUGACGCAGUGGUUCACAUCACACUGGAGGGUCCCUUCGUCUGCAUCUCGCUGGUGAGAUCUCUGGCGGAGUCGGACAGCGUCCACUCCAUGCUGUGGAAGGAGUACGGUCGCGUCGACAGCCGCUGGCUUCACUCGGACCCCACCGUGGUGGCGCUCGAGAUCCUGACGGUGGCGGUUGCGGGGCCCCUGGCGCUGCUGCUGGUGUUCGCCAUCGUCCAGAACAAGCACUACCGGUAGGGGUCACGCCGCUCUACCGGUAAGGGUCACGCCGCUCUACCGGUAAGGGUCACACC